AGUUGAUCGACCAUUGACACACUGGAAUGUUGCCAAUAAUCUGGUGGCUCGGAAUUAUAGUAUGCAGUUUACUGCGUAUACAACUUACAGAUACGGCCAAGUUAAUUCCACACAUGGGCUACUAUAUAGAAAUGAAGCAAAUGGAUUGCGUGGGCAAUCCCAACUAUUUCGCCGACAUGUACUGCAGGAUCAUACCUCCUAAAAACCGGACCAUGGAGGCAUCUUUGAAUGUAAUGCAACCGAUGAGUGCCUUCAGUGGUUCACUUCGAGUGUCUAUACCCAAUGCCAAAAAGGUCAUGACCCAGAUAUUUGACAUCACCUUCGAUGGGUGCAAGGUUCUACGGGAACGCAAGCGCAAGAUCAUUAUCGAUCUUUUGGUCAACACUUUGGCCAAGAACGGUAGUGGAAAGCUUUGGAGAUGUCCUAUUUCAAAGGGUAAAUUUGAAUCGAGAAACAUUUCGGUUACCGAUCUACCGCCAAUGCUAACCGAAUCGGAGUUUUUGGUGAACUUGGACUUCUUUAUACCCAAGGUUGCCACUGUCAUGAAUGUCACCUUGCAUGGACAUCUUUAUGAAGUUGCAAAGGAAAGACACAGGCGGAAGAAAUAUUUGUAACUUCUGUUGUACACUGUAUUCAAAUAAAUAUAUAUAAUUCAAAAAGAAGAAACAAAUUUA